CCACUCAAUCAGCGUUCAACAGUAUGCAGGUAAAUAGCAAUGACUGACUGUGGACUUCAUUUAGGCAGCCACCCCAGAGGUGACAAUGGGUGCUAUCGUGACCAAUGGAGAAAGCGGCUCAAGUCCUUUGUGGUGGUUGGUAGUGGUCGGUCCUUCUAGAACAAUAUGUUCGAUUUUCUCGGAGCCACGCCGUCAUGGACUCCAUUGUAUUCCAUCAAAGCUGAAAGUGGCAAUGGUCCUUUUCUCUGAUGUGGCAAUGCGAAGUCACCACACGGUCCACAGCAGCUGGGUAUAUAUCAAGAGUCUGAGUUGGUUCUGCAGAAAUAACUUGGUAUACCCGCACUCAAAUCCCUCGAUCGAUCAUAACUUCAGAGUUCCCCAAUUUCUUACUCCCUGAUUGACCUCAAAUAUGUACACAGCCCCCAAGAAGGAUCCUCGCAGUAUCAUGGGGACCGACCGAAGGCCAAACCCACUGCGCUUUGUGAAUAUCGAGGAGUGGGACGAUGGUGCCUACGGUGAUAUAUCAUUUCAAGAAUCCCAGCCGGAUACUCUCGACGAGCCAUGGCCAUAUAGAUUUAAGAAUGGUGACAAUGUGUGGAUCCACUCCACAGGUUAUGACUGGUAUCAAGGGAAAGUUGCCGGCCAGCCCAAGGCUGCCCAGACAAAGAUGGGUGACGGACUUUUUUGGCCUGUCACUUAUAAUCGUAACAAGCGCAGAUAUGCAGCACCUCUCAAUGGCGAGUUGAAGCCUGAUACUCCGCUAAUAAGGGAGAUGUUGAAGGAGGCAGGCGUCUUGUAAGGUGCUGGCACCUACUGGACGGCUCAAUGAUUCUCCGCCAUAUAAGUAGUAUUUAUGUUCUAUGUGUGAUGACCGGUAUUGUAUUGUACCUAAUUAUCGCUACCAUUGUCUAUUCGUCAACGUUGUAGCGUCUUAUUGUUUGUCGUUCUUGGUUCUGUAGUCCAUUGUCUGCAAUUGGAGUAGUAAUCCAAAUUACAGUCGCUAGUGUGACGUGCGUGACCGAAAUCUAUCAGUA